AUGAUCCAUUAUGAAAAAAGACAACUCGCUAAACAGCUAUAAGUGUCAUAACAACUUUAAUAAAACCAAUAAGAACGAGUAAAACAACCUGAGAGCUAGGAUGAAGAAUCAGACUUGGAUGAAUCAUAAAAAUUAAUCAAUACAAAAAAAUAGUAAUAACAAUAAACUUUGAUAAAACGACUAAUAUUUCCAUAAAUGAAAAUUCCUUGCAUUGCAUUAAAUUUGACAAUCAAUCAACAGCAGUAUUAUAUUUAAAUAAUUGACCCUUGGAGUUUUGAUAAAUCAUUCUCACAAAUCUAAAUCAGAGAGCAAUUAUUGAUAAUGAUCAAACUAAACUUUUGUUGCUAAAUUUAUCAAACCUUAAAGAAAACUAAGUGUAAUCAGCAAGCACUUUAUUAAUAUAGAGAAUUAAUAGCUGAAUAUCUAUCUUAAAUUAUUUGGAUGAAUUGA